GCCUUAACAACUUGAAAGCCUUCUAGCCUUCCCUUGGUGUUUACCGGUAAUCAUAGCACCUUUACCUUUCAAGUACUUGUUUGCGCCGACACUUAUGGCUUUAAGCAUACCAAACAAUGGGACGAUUGAGUAGAAGUGCACAACAAAUAGAGUCGUUGUGUACAGCCGCAGAGGCCAUACUUGCGCGCGGCAGUAAACUCAGUGCUAAGGUCUUGUUGAACGAAGUUCGUGGUAACCCACAUUGCACUGACUUGACUUAUAGAUCUGCCAAUAACUUUCUACAUAGCAACAAAGUUGGGCAGCAGUAUAUGCGCCCUUCUCCCAACGACAAUAGUCUUCCACCAAAGAAGCGAUUAAGAUGGACUGCUGUUGACGAGGCGGCCUUUCAGGAAGCGGUUGUUACCAUCCAGUCGACCAGCAAUAAACUGACUGCUAGCAAUACUGCAAAGGAGCUGAAAGGCAGUGCAGCUUCAUACGACCAACUUCGUUACCGUCUUCGGAAAUUGACAGUCGCUAAGCACAACAUUGAAGAAACGCCUGAUUUGGGUGUUGUUGGCAGCAGGAGUAGAGAUGAAGAGUUUGUUAAUGACUGUUUAAGCAUUCGGUUGUGGAGGUCACGGACAGCUUGUACAACACCCUCUGUGAGCCAUGGGCAACAGCCCUGCGGCAAGCGGCUCCAGGUUUCCGAGGACUCGACCUUCACGUGCUCGGUCCACGGCAAGCUCAAGGGUGGCCCCAGCACCUUUAGCAAGUACAUCCUCACGGGCUUGGCGCCCGACUGCAGCGUGGAUGGCACCUCGUACAGUGUGGAGCUCCACUUCCACGACAUGGCCAUCCAUCGGUUCCUGGGAUUCCCGGCUGGCAAGGCCAGCGCGAUCAAGAUCAGCAGCGACCGCAAGUACGCCAAGCUGGUCCUGACGCCCCUCCUGAGCCUCUCGGAUGGCACUCUCAUCAUCCGGGACGCCACCCUGCGCACUUACAACAACCACUCGUACAUCUACAUCCGUGAGUUCCAAAAGGUCGCGGAUGAAGAUGCGGGUGACGCCCAUGGCAGCCAGCACGCUGCCGCCUCGGAGGAGGCCGCCGCCAGCGAUGGCUCCAUGGACUGCUCGGACAGCGGCCACCACAGUGGCGCCGUGGACCUGGCAAGCAGUGAGGAGCAGCAGCACACGGCGAGCGGGGACGAGGGUAGUGAUGGCGUUGGGGGGGACACGGACGAGGAUGUGUCCGAUGUAGAUGACGAGGAGGACGAGAGGGCCAGCAGCAGCAGCAUGGCGGCGUCGGAAGAUCCCGUGGAGGACACGGACACUAGUUAGGGAAGCAGUGAUGAGGAUGGGGAUGCAGAUGGAAGUGGCUCUGCCUCGGAGGGUGGCGAGGAGGACACUGACGAUGACAGCACCUAAAUGCAUGCACACAACAUCCUAGGGCCCGCCUGAGCGGCUGAUGGAAUGGGUGUUGGGCACAUGCAACUAGGCGGGGGUGGUGCUGCGGGUACCGGGCAACUGACAGCUAGGACAAAGGGGGGAAGGGCCCGAACCUGUACCUGUACUGGGAGGGUGGAUCACACGCCGUUGGCGAAAGAAAUAUUGG